UUUUGAUAUAUGACUCUUCUAAAUCCGAAAAUUUGUCAUCUGCAGAGAUGGGUAGACAUUCUGAGAGUUAUGUUGUUUUAUUGCACACAGGGCUCACACAGUGCUGCCUUGUUGAGGCUUUACUUGCGUCACCAUCAUCUUACUUUUUUUUUUUUAAGCAGCCUCUGAUCAUGAUUUGAGUGAUCUUCUUGAAGUACCCCAAUCGCACCCCAUCCAGGUUUUGCAGGCAGCAGUGAAUUUACCCUCACAGGGUCUCCUGUGGAAAGAAUACGGAAAUGAGGCAAAGAGAUGGAAUAGGAUUCACCCAUGAUCAUGUAAAAAGUCUGUGGCUAACCUGGAAAUUGAAUAGAGCCCCUCUGAGACACCUACUGUGACAGCUCUCUGUGUUUUGGAAGUACAACCAAGCAGUACUCCAGCAAGGAAUCUGCCUAGAAGGUCGUAAUGAUUUUUUAUGAUCUUAAAUUCUGUUGAAGUCAAAAAAUUGAUGCCACUUAGGAAUGAAACAAUAGAUUAUUUCUGUGAAGAAUGCUCAUUUGUCAGUCCCAGUCUGUGAGGUCUGCACCUGUGUGUGUGAAACAGGUUGGGCCAAGCAAGGAUAGAGCUGGUAACAGAUUGCUUAGUGCAUUCACCUGCUACAUGGGGGCUGGGGUUAACAUCUCUUCCCUGCCUGGUACAGAGCAGGAGCUAGAUGCUGUCUGUCCCAUAUCUCAGGGAAGGAUAUCAGGUCCUUGCCUAUUUAUUAUGAGGUAUCUUGUUUAAAAACAUUUUUGAGAAGUUGUGACACUUGGGUACCUUUGCUGUCAGUGCUCUGGAAAGCAUCUAGCAGUGACAGCGCAGUGGCUCACGACAUUUGAAGACUGGCAUCUAGAGACUGCUCCAAGGUACAAAAGCAAAUCCCAAAGAGAAAGGACUGAUGUUUUAUUUAUGUCUAAAAUGAAGAAGCCAGCUCAAACUUACCAGGAGAGGGGAUGGCUGGAGCAAACACUUCAUUCAUUGAGGGAGCAGAAAGUGAGGUGAGCUCACUGUCACCGACUCGGACUAGUCAGCCUGGGAGCAAUUCAGACAUAACGGAGUCCAGCGUUAAAAGGAGGAGGGCAAUCUUCGAGAUGUUCUCAGAAAACAGACAAAACAGCAAUGCUGAAGUUUCAGUGGGUGGUCGCAAACCUCUAGGAGGACUACCAGAAGAGAGCCCUCCCAAGACUGGCAACACACCGCUGGUCUUCCAGGAGAAUGUCUCCUUAAAGGAUAAACUGGCUCUUUAUCAGGCUGCAGCAUCCAAGGCAGAGAACAGCAACUGCUUUGCUAAUAUUUCAGAGGAAAUCAAGUCCUGCACUGCGCCUGGUGGCCUGGCCGCAGUCAGGAGACAGUUUGAGAACGGGCAGACCACCUCUUCAAGGAUCACCUUUGCUCGUUCCCAGCACCAGCAGAAAUCUGCACAGGAGACCUCAAUUACCACUCAGCCCCUGGUAUCAACCAGCACCAGGGAAGCUGAGUGCAAUGGAAUGGCUUCCAAAGAAAGCCCCGUGGAAGCCUUUCAAACAGAAGAGGUUUCUCACGAGGAAAAGGUUACUCCGGAGACAAACGGAGACAAGGCUUCUACAGUGGUGCAGCACGCUGAUGAAACAGUUGUCAAUGCAACUAUGAAUGGGGAGGUCCCAAAGAUUUCUACGCAGAUUUGUAAUAUGGAAAAGGCUCUUCACAAUGACAGGGAGGCUGCAACAUCUGUGCAAGAUGGAAAGUUUCUCAGAUGCACAGAAUCUGUCCGUUGGAGAAGUGAAAAUAAGUGUCAAAAAGUUGAAGGCUGUAUGGAGCAGCCAUUUCUAGGGGCACAGAAGAUGGAAGUGCUAUGCCAGCCAAAAUAUACAAUGCCUUCAGCCGCUUCCAGAAUCAAAGCUAUUAAUGCAAUCAUCAAGAAUCAGCAACAUGCUGUAAGAUGUCCACAUCACCUUGGAGCUGGUGCACCAAUUCAGAAGUGUCGAAGAAGUGAAUUCUCUGCGGACCAGGUGCUCCCUAAGCCUCAGGAGCCACGGAAGGGAGAGCCAUUGCGCCAGCCUAAAAGGAAAAUCAAUUCCGCAGCUUCCAGGGUUAAGAUCAUCAAUGAAAUCCACAAGAAUCAAAGAAAUACUCGAAGACGUCCAAACCAGCAAGAAGCUGCUUUACUGGCUGACAACGCGCAGUGGUUUGAAACCACAGAAUGCAAUGGAAAGAACAAAGAUGCAGCCCUCACAGGCUGUGUUGUGCAGCAAUGCACAACACGUUUCCAAUAAAAACCUGUAAUGACUUAAAACUAACAGACUUGUCUGAAUUUUUGCUGCCUGUCUCUCCUCCUAGGAGUCUCAGCAGUCUUCUACCAUCUUUCUUUGGCUAAGGCAUGUAGCUAAAGUGAUACUCCAAAUGUGUGCCUAACAAAUACUGAUGUGGAGGUUUAAAGCAUUUUUUGUAAGCUGUCCGAACGCUUUCCUUUACUGUCCUUCUUUACA